CCUUGACUUCUCGGCAGUCAACGAGCUCCCCUUUCCACUCGCGCAAAGAUGGCGGCCCUCGGUUCUCCCUUGCGUACGUUUCGCAGUCUUUUAAGAGAACUGCGCUACAUGAGUGGCCCGAACCGCUAUCGUGACACGGCGGCUUAUAACUACAUUAGAGAGCAAUUCAGAAGGAAUCAGGUAACAGAAGAGAAGUUCUGUCGGGCCCAACAGGAGUUGCAUUUCCAAGCCUCGACUUACCUCUGCCUCCUACGCAGUGUCAGAAACCAUGAUCUGCUCCACCAGGAGUAUCACGGCAAGGGAGAGCGCAGCCCAGAACAAGUGGCCGGUCUGGUGGGUUUGAAACUGCCAAAGCAACCCGGAGGCAAAGGCUGGGAGAGAUGAAGCGUGGUAUUGCUGCAGUCUCACCUUCAUAUACUGCACAUUAUUCAUCUGACUUCUAUUUUUGUACAUAAAUGUAAAAAGAACUAUAAAUAAACUAUACAUCUCUUAA